UCUAUGUCAUCGAACACAGCUAAAAUCAAGUUUGUACACCUAAAAAACACUAUUAAUUAGCCAAACCACAACAAAAACACACACAAAUGAGAGAAUCAAUUCAAAAUUCACUUUGCAAAAAUGAAAAUAUAUUCUUGAACCUCUAGGGCUUAACAGGCACAUGUAUUGAAAGAGAACCAUACAUUCUUCAAGGACCAAUACUUUUUUUUAUUCUAGCGUUUGAAAGCAUGGCUUCUAAGAUUGAGAACUACAAGUGUGCAGUGUUUUUGGUGUCCUCCAUAACUCUGAAUAUAUUCUUGUUGUUUAAUCUGUUUUUUGUUUCCAAGUGGAAGCUGAGUUGGAGCAGAAGAGCUGCAGCAGAAGCUGAAGCUGUGGCAUCACUCUCAUGCUCAGGCCAUGGAAGAGCCUAUUUGGAUGGCUUGGUUCUCUAUGGGAAACCAGUUUGUGAGUGCAAUACAUGCUUUGGAGGCUCUGAUUGCUCACAAUUCUCACCUGGAUGCCCUGCAGAUGUAGGUAGUGGGGAUCCACUGUUUUUGGAGCCCUUUUGGAUGCAAAAUGCAGCUAGUAGCGCGGUUGUUGUGGCAGGGUGGCAUAGAAUGAGCUAUGCAUUCACUGACCACACUUACAUCUCAAAAGAGCUCGAGAAGCAUAUCCGGAGAUUACAUUCCGUCGUUCAGAAUGCAGUUACAGCCGGGAGAUUCAUUGUUUUUGGUACCGGCUCAACCCAACUGCUUAAUGCAGCAGUCCAUGCCCUUUCCACUAUCAACUCAUCCUCACCUACAGGAGUUGUAGCUUCGGUCCCUUUUUAUCCGGCCUAUAAAGAGCAGACAGCAUUCUUCCGGUCAGUGGAUUAUGAAUUUCUUGGAGAUGCAUCUUUGUGGAAGAACACUUCAGAUGUCCGCAUGAAUGUCAUUGAGUUUGUAACUUCACCAAACAAUCCUGAUGGUCAGUUGAAAAAGCCGGUUCUUCAAGGCCCAAACGCCAAAGCAAUUCACGAUCACGCGUAUUAUUGGCCACAUUUCACUGCAAUACCAGCCCCAUCAGAUGAAGAUCUCAUGAUGUUCACACUUUCUAAGCUCACUGGUCAUGCAGGAGCAAGAUUUGGGUGGGCAUUGGUAAAGGAUGAGGCUUUGUACCAGAGUAUGUUAGAGUAUACUAGUGAAAAUUCAUUUGGAGUUUCGCGGGACACUCAGUUGAGAGCUUUGAAGCUGCUAAAAGCAGUUCUUGAAGGGAAAGGAAGGGAGAUAUUUGAUUUUGGAUACGAAACAAUGAGGAACCGAUGGGAGAAUUUGAGCAAGGCCUUGUCGGUGUCAAGGCACUUCUCUAUCCAGGAAAUUUUGCCUCAAUACUGCACCUUCUACCAAAAAGUCAGAGGACCUUCUCCAGCUUAUGCAUGGUUGAAAUGUGAGAGGCCAAAGGAUGAAGAUUGUGCUUCAGUCCUCGGAGCAGCCGGUAUAAUUGGCCGCAAUGGUAAGCAAUAUGGUGCUGAGAGUCGGUAUGUGCGCCUCAGCCUCAUCAAGAGACAAGAUGACUUCGACUUACUGUUGCAGCGGAUCAAAGAACUAGUAAUGCAGGAAGGAGGUACUAAAAUUAUGUGAAGAUCGUAUAAUCAACAUUGUGUUGAUUAUAUUUGUUAUAGACAGGAACGUGACAAUAUUAAAAUUGUGUGAAGAUCAUGUAAUAUGAUGAUAAUCAACAUAUGUUGAUUAUAUGUUGAUCAUACAAUUAUGAUUUAAUUGAUGUAAUAAGUUGUUUGUUAACCUGGUUUAUUG